CUCGCUCCCGCCCCGACGCAGUGACGCAGCAGCCUGUUGGUCUUUCACUCAGUUGGUGACGACUGUUGUGAAAAUGGCCUCGACUCUGCCCGCAGCUCCGGUUAACCGGAGAAGAUGACGCGUUGAGCUACACGUAGAGAACCAACGAAGAAGAAGAAGAAGAAGAGAAGAAGAAGAAGGAGAACCAGAACCAGAACCCGGAAGCAGAGCGCACGCCGCUACGGGAGCCGACAUGGAGGACUUCAACUCCAACAUCAACGCGGACCUGGAGGUGCGGAAGCUGCAGGACCUGGUGAAGAAGCUGGAGCAGCAGAACGAGCAGCUACGGGGCCGGUCAACCGGGCCGAGCCGGGCCAGCGGGCCGAACCGGGCCAGCGGGCCGAGCCGGGCCAGCGGGCUGGAGAACAGACGCUCCUACGACGGCUUCAGGAGGCCGUGUGAGAACGACGCGGCCUCCUCCUGCUGCUCCUCUCUGCUCUGCGAGGAGGAGCAGACGUCCAUCCUGGAUGAGGUGGACAUCCUGGACCUGGAGGACAUGGACUGUCUGCAUGAGGACGAGGACAGCUGGUUAUAUGAGGCGAAGGUGGACAGUCCCAUGCAGAAAGCCCUGAGUCCUAUCGUGUGGUGCCGCCAAGCUCUUGACAACCCCAGUCCAGAGAUGGAGUCGGCCAAGCGCUCCCUCAUCCACAGACUGGACCUCACAAUGUCAGCCAACAAGCGGCGGAGCCUGUAUGGAAGCCCCUACAACCAGCAGAGUUAUGGAAGCCCGUAUAGCACAAACGCAGCCAACAGCCCUUACAGCAGCGGCUUCAACUCGCCCUCCUCCACCCCCAGCAAAGUGCCCACCGUCAGGCAGCAGCUGAUGCCCGGGAACGCAGCACACCAGCGGAACACGGCGGCGGCGGCGGAGAGGAAUCCUCCGGCGGUGAGCCCGCAGUCGUCCGUGGACAGCGAGCUGAGCACCUCGGAAAUGGAUGAGGACUCCGUGGGCUCCUCAAAUACCUACAAACUCAACGACGUCACUGAUGUUCAGAUCCUGGCCCGCAUGCAGGAAGAGAGUUUGAGACAGGACUACGCGGCGACGGCGUCCCGGCGGAGCUCCGGUUCGUCCUGUCACUCUCUGCGUCGCAGCACCUUCAGCGACCAGGAGCUGGACGCACACAGCCUGGAGGACGAGGAGGAGGCGGUGCACCCGGCCUUCCACCUGCCCUCCAGCCGCUUCAGCCUCCCCCGACACUCCCCCCGCGCCUCCCCGAGGAACUCGCCACGCUCUCGCUCCCCGGCCCGCUCCAUCGACUACAGCCACAGCCGCGGCUCGCCUCAGCCCGUCAUCAGCCGCCUGCAGCAGCCUCGCCACUCGCUGCAGGGCCACGGCCACGACAUGCAGACCAACGUGGUGAAGAACGAAGAAAAGCUUCGCCGCAGUCUUCCCAACCUCACACGCGCCUCGGUGGCCACAGCGACCCAGAAUCCUGAACCCGUGAAGAACAGCCGCAGCUGUGAGUCCAACCUGCAAGUGCCAAACGGAGGCUCUCCUCGACACCAGAAUCAGUCUGCUACAGCAGCAGCUCAACUCCCGAGAUACUCGACCCCCUCUCGCUCCUCCCCGAAACCCAAACAGCACCUCCAGAGCCCGACUGCCCUGAGAGUCCCCCUCUCCUGUUGCUUUGGAGAAGAAGGUGAUUUCAUCCCGUCUCCCAGUAAGCUGCGGACUCCCGUCACCCCGUCCCCGCUGGCCUUGAGGCAGCCGGUGAAGGCCACAUCGAACCCCAGCUCCGCCACCUCCACCCCCACCCGCUCCCUGGCUGCCCCACGCAGCGGCCUGCCCCGGCCCAGUGCUUCUUCUGGAGGGGGGAUCCCUCUGCCCCGCAGCAAACUGGCCCAACCUGUGCGCAGAUCUCUUCCUGCUCCUCGGUCCUACAGCGGCCAAGGAGAAAACUGGAGAGAAGGUUGUUACUGAAACGAGGCCAGCAGGGGGCGCUCCAAUCAAAGCAUCAACACGAGGAGGCAGACAUUUCAACAUGAUGGCACUUUAUCUACCUAGAUACCUUUUACAGUGGAGACAGAGAGAGAGACACAGAGAGAGAGAGACUAUGUCCCACAAAUAUAUAUAUAUAUAAAUAUAUAGUCAGAUUUUUUUUUAAAAGGGAGAGGAGUGUCUGCAUGGCGUCAAAGAGGAGCUCCCAUCGUGUCCCUCUGGCUCUGGAGGGGUCCGGCAUGUAGGACAGACAGAAAAAAAAUGCCAAAGAAACCAGCUCGGCAGAGGACGCGUCUCCUGCCUCGGUUUGACUGACUCCAUAUGACUCCAUAUGACUCCAUUACCCAGCAUCCCCUCCCACUCCUCUUCUGAUUUCAUCUCCCUCAGGUCGAAAUGUCUCCAUGCAUUUCUCUCUUUAUGCUCUGUGUUCAGCAGAUGUCGGUGAGCGAUCUCUAUGAUGAUGAUGAUGAUGAUGAUGAUGAUGAUGAAAAGUGUUCCCCCCCUAAAUGUUAGAGAGAAUUGUCGAUGUCUUGCAACAGUGAGAGCUCCUCCGUGUGAGUAGGACGCUUAAAAUAAUCUUUCCUCUUGUAAAAAAAAAAAAAAAUCAGCCAGAAUGUAUGCACAAAGUUUUUUGGGACAAAAUUAUUUAUUCAAAUUAUUUAAGAAAAUUUGUGUCCUAAACAUCCAUAUCAGUAUUUUUAGUUUUGAAGAAUUCAAUUGUUAGAAAAAAAAGGAAAAUGUACGUUUUUAAACCUCGACUGCAAGCUAACUCUCCAAAGCCUUUUAUUGUUUUCUAAGUGUCAAAAUCAGGACGUGGUGAUAAACGACACCUCGCCUCUGACUUCAACAGUUUGCCAAGAUUAAACUUUUCCAUUGACGAGAGAUCUGUCCGUUUAAAAACAGCUUGACGUAAUCUCAAAAACAUAUUUAAUCCCCGCUCUCCCAUUCGACAAAUGAAACCAGAGUUAUGUCAGUGUCUUUCAUUAAUGCCAUGAAACAAAAGAAUCUUGAAUAAGACGUUGAGUUGAAUACGUUUUGCUGGCUUUAACCUCUUGUGCUAUAAAAACAUUAGUGGAAAGGUGUGCCGGUGUUCUGGUAAUCGGUGUGGUGGAUGUUCUGAAACUAGUGCCUAUAAUUUAAAGUUUCACUUGCUUGUUCGUUUAUCAUUUCGUGCCAAUUUCAGUUUUCUUUUUGCCAAUAUAGUUUUGCAUUUCUGCUUGAUUGAUUUGCCUUUUUUGUUUGUUUUAGUUUUUUGUUAUUUGAAAUCAAUGCAUUUAUAAUUGCUUUAAAAAUAUUGUUUAAAAUGCGCCUUCAUAUUUAUAUCAAAUUAGUCAUUCUGUAAAUGAAACUAUUUAUUAAAGAAAGGUGCCUCUGUCAAAGCUCAGAUUCAGUGGGGAAGCUCUGAACGAAUGUUGCAAAAAAGACAAAACCACACCUUUUGUGUGAAAAGUUUUUGUUAUUGAACUUUUUUUUAUAUCCACGACCAUGACAUUCAGUUUCCCCUGUGUAAAGUCACAUUUCAAAUAAAA